AACCGACAAGUCCCGAGCAAUUUAUGUAUAUUUAGUCAUUUUAAGUCAUUUUAUGAUCAGUCAUAUAAGGGUUGCCGGAAAAAGUAGCCGGACGGCCGGCGAAAGGCCGACCGAAGUGCCUGGCCGCACACAGCGUGCGCGCAGCACGCCCGGCAGUUCCAGCAGGCACGCUGGUAGUGUCCGCACACCAGUAGUGCGCACGCGUCGCCAGUACCCCGCAGUCCAGCACCGCGCUGCUGUAGUCAUGCGCGUAGACGUGCGCAGCGCACGUCAACACGCACGACAACAUCUUCGCAUUGUGGACGAAUGGGUCCAGGGCCUUGAGAUGAUUUUCGAGGUCAUGGACUGUCCUGAUCGUUAUCAAGUGUUAUGCGCACAAAUCCAGCUGACCGGUGAUGCCCGACUCUGGUGGAAUACCUAUUGGAGUAUGCGUCCGGGCGAAAAAGAAGGUUGUACGUGGGACCAAUUCAAGGAGUUGAUCCGCGGGAAGUACUAUCCCUCGUACUACCGAGCAGAUAUAAAGCACCAGUUCUUGGCACUCACACAGGGUACUCGUUCUGUUGACGAGUACGAAAGAGAGUUUACCCGACUCGGAGCCUUU